AUCUUGUUUACUCAUUUCUUGAGACUUUCAAACACAGAAGAAACAGAGAAGCAGCGUCGAUAAUGUCUCAUUUGCAGUUACACCUACACUCACAACCACCAUCACUCUCAUCAACAUCUUCUUCUUCUUUUUCUUCCCUCAAACUUUUCACAAACAACAACUCUUUCUCUCUUCCUUUCAAAUUCAAACCCUUCACUAUCAGAUGCCGCCACUCUGACGUUUUCAACCCUUCCCCUUCAAACCCCCCUCCUCCUGCCACUACACCCCCCAACAACCCUUUAGUUGGAGCUUUGCCACCUAGGGUUUAUGUUGGUCAUUCUAUUUACAAAGGGAAGGCUGCUCUCACUAUCACUCCUACACCACCGAAAUUCGUGACUUUGGAUUCAGGGGCAUACAAGAUAUCUAGGGAUGGUUGUUUGCUGCUUCAGUUUGCACCUUCUGUUGGUCCGCGUCAAUAUGAUUGGAAUAGAAAACAGCUGUUCAUGUUAUCUGUGGAUGAAAUGGGAAGUGUGAUUAGCCUUGGUGCAAGGGAGUCUUGUGAAUUUUUUCAUGAUCCUUUCAAAGGCGGAAGUGAUGAAGGCAAAGUCAGAAAGGUUUUGAAGAUUGAGCCUUUUCCGGAUGGUUCUGGUUUCUUCUUUAACCUCAGUGUUCAAGACAAAAUUGUGAAUGUGGAUGUAAGCAUGAAUAUCCCUGUAUCUAAAGCAGAGUUAUCAGUUCUACGCUCAAUUUUCAAGUAUAUCAUGCCAUACCUUCUAGGUUGGCACGCGUUUGCUAACUCCAUAAAUCCGGAGUAUUCCGCAGCAUUGAACAAUGUGGCCAACAAUGCUAAUCCAAGAUAUGGUGGAGACUACGAAUGGAACAGAUAGAGGAUCACUAUUUUGUGUGUUACGAAACUAUCAUACUCUGAACUUCUCAACUUUGAAAUGUGCUAAAUAGCUGGCUUUUACCUGUUAGAUUAAUUGUUUUAGAAAUUUUGGCUCUUGAGAUGGUGAUGUUAUUGCUUGGUGCAUAUUAUGAUUAGUAUGUGUGGAAGAAUGAUAUUUUGUCUGAUAUAGUCAGAAGUAGUAAUUAAAGAGAAUUACAUAUCUUAAAUGAAUUAGUAAUAAGGGAUUCGAUCUUAAA